AUGGAGGCCAUUUAUUUGAUGGUUGGUGAAAUUGAUCCUGGGCCAACCAACACUCCAGAGGGACGCACAAAAGCCAUAUUUCAUAAAAUGGAUGUGAACUCAGACCACGUGCUAACGAAAGAAGAAUUUAUUCGUGGAUGUCUUAAUGAUGAACAUCUUUAUAAGUUGCUGGCUUGCUCCGAGCAAAAGUCAUAA